AUGCACACAAGACGGGGCUCAACAUGGGCAAGAAGGGCCCUGCUGCUCGGUGGGGUGUGGGCCUCUACAUGCCUGCCCCUCCCUGGUGUCUCCCAGCUCCAGAGUCUCCCAAAGGCUACAGGAAACAGCACCCAGUGUGUUAUUUCUCCAUCCUCAGAGUUUCCUGAAGGAUUUUUCACAAAACAGGAGAGCACAGACGGAGGCAUCAUAAUCUACUUCCUAAUUAUCCUCUACAUGUUCAUGGCUGUGUCUAUUGUCUGUGACAAGUACUUCUUACCCUCCCUGGAAAUCAUCAGUGAAACCCUUGGACUGUCUCAAGAUGUAGCAGGUGCAACUUUCAUGGCAGCUGGAAGCUCAGCUCCAGAAUUAGUCACAGCUUUCUUAGGUGUAUUUGUCACAAAGGGAGAUAUUGGCAUUAGCACCAUUCUAGGAUCUGCAAUCUACAAUCUCCUUGGCAUCUGUGCAGCCUGUGGCUUGCUGUCUAAUGUGGUUUCAACACUAUCCUGUUGGCCCCUAUUUAGAGACUGUGCAGCAUAUGCAAUUAGUGUAGCAGCAGUUUUUGGCAUAAUAUUUGACAACCAAGUUUACUGGUAUGAAGGAACUUUACUGCUUCUGAUAUAUGGAUUAUAUAUCUUGGUACUGUGUUUUGAUGUUAAAAUUAAUCAAUAUAUCAUGAAGAAAUGCAGUCCCUGUUGUAGCUGUCUUGCCAAAGCAAUGGAGGAGAGUAAUGAACAACAGACACUGAUGGGAUGGGAAGAUGAAAGUCAAAUGUUCAUUCGUCGGCAGUCAAGAACAGACAGUGGGAUAUUUCAUGAAGAUUCUGGUUAUUCUCAGCUUUCUUUAGGCUUACAUGGACUUAAUCAGGUUUCAGAAGAUCCACCAAGUGUUUUCAACAUGCCUGAAGCAGACUUAAAAAGAAUUUUUUGGGUAUUAUCUCUUCCUAUUAUUACACUACUUUUUCUAACAACACCAGAUUGUAGACGAAAAUUUUGGAAAAACUACUUUGUGAUAACCUUCUUCAUGUCUGCACUAUGGAUAUCAACAUUCACAUAUAUCCUGGUUUGGAUGGUCACAGUAACAGGGGCAACACUAGCAAUUCCAGACACAGUGAUGGGCCUUACUUUGCUAGCAGCGGGGACAAGCAUACCAGACACCAUUGCAAGUGUAUUAGUUGCACGCAAAGGUAAAGGAGACAUGGCUAUGUCUAACAUCGUGGGAUCCAAUGUGUUUGAUAUGCUGUGCCUAGGUAUUCCCUGGUUUAUUAAAACUGUGUUUACAAACCCAUCAGCUCCAGUAGAGGUGAACAGCAAAGGACUCACUUAUAUAACCAUCUCUCUCAAUAUUUCAAUUAUUUUUCUUUUUUUAGUAGUUCAUUUUAAUGGCUGGAAACUGGACAGAAAGUUGGGAAUCAUUUGCCUAUUAUUAUACUUGGGACUGGCUGUGGUAUCAGUUCUAUAUGAACUUGGAAUCAUUGGAAAUAACAAAAUAAGGGGCUGUGGAGACUGA